AUGUCCAUCGAUCCCGGAUGUUUUCGCUCAGCAAAACUAACCCACUCGGAGCUUUCAUCAUCGACUUUCGUCACUAUCCGCUGCACGUCACUUCGAAAGAGAUUACCAGUGAAGCUACCCGCCGAUCUGUUCAGAAAGUUUCUACUCCAAGUCAGAUCAGGUGGUGCCGAGAAGCUGAUGGGGGCUUCUACAUUCAUCUCUGCCGGCGCUCCGUACCACUCCGGCCGCCGCAGCUACAUCCCGGUCAACGACACCGGCAACAACUUCACUGCAUCUCACACAACCAUCUCGCCAUUCUUCAGCCUGGGCGAACCGGCGAACGACACCAACAUCACCAUCCGCACUCUCAUCCUCAACAACAACGCGGCCAGAACCUUCAUAAGCCCCCGCUACCUCCCCGUUCUCCUCCUCCUCGCAGUGGGCGGCAUAGCAUGGGACGCCCAAUGGCUCUUCCCCUCCACCCCGCAAUCCAACGACCCAGCAGAGCAAACAGCCCUCGGCACAGCCCGCAAGUUCAUCCCCUUUGACGUCGUCGCCCGCGAGCAGGUCUCCCCGACCUCCUUCAUCCUAACCCUCAAGGCACCGCCGUCAAAGAGCAGCAACGUCCCAAGCGUAUCCUCUCUCUGGGACAUCUUCGACCUCUGGUGCGUGGAGGUGAAGCAGCCCCAGAUCCAGGUCGCGAGGGAGUACACGCCCCUCCCUCCCGCUCCGGGCUCCUCGUAUGAUGAGGAUACCCUCCGCCUCUACGUUCGCGCCGUGCGAGGGGGUGAAGUUUCAACGUAUCUGAGCCGUCUGGCACCCCCUUCCUCACCAUCAGGUGGCCCAGCAACAAAGGGUGAUAAAGUCGAGCUCCGCGGUCCACACGGCGAAUUCGACCUCCGCUCCCGCCUAGGUAAACGAGGCGACCGCGUCGUAUUCCUCGCAGGCGGAACAGGUAUCGCCAGCGCUCUACAAGCCGCGCACGCCGUCCUCCCGCUCGCAGACGGACCCUCCAUGACCAUCUUCUGGGCCGUCAGGAGCCGCGAUGAGAUUCGGGAGCAGCUGGUCGGGGGCCAAACCGUGCCGCCACAAGUGAAGCCGUCGUCAUCGUCGUCGUCGGGAAGCUGGUGGAAUCCCUUCUCCUCAUCAUCGACAAACACCCCCGGAUCCCAGGCCGAGGCUCUCCUCUCCGCAGAUACACUCGCCGCCCCCUCGCCUAUAAGCAGGGACCUCCUCGCCCUCAAAGUAAAAUACGGCGACAAGCUCGACGUACGCGUGGUAGUAGACCAAGAAGGCACCGCCGUACGCGAAGUAGACCUCGCCGCGGCGCUCACUCUCCAAUCCUCCCCCAGCACCUCUGCUGGUACGACGCCGACUCACGCCGUCGAGGGCUGCCAAUUCCACUCCCAGACAGCACACGUCGGCAUGGUCGACGGCGCGCCCAACGCCGGGAAGAGAAGCCUCUUCAAGCAGGACGACUGCGCUUGCUCCGCCGACGACGCCGCGCCGCGGGGAAAGAACGUCUUUGUGGUUUCCGGGCCCGAGGGUUUCGUCCAGGCGUACGCGGGCGCCAAGCUGUGGCGGGACGGCGGGCAGCUGCAAGGGCCUGUGGGGGGUAUGUUGGGCGCGAUGCAGAGGCGGAACCCGGAUAUCUUGAAGGAUUGGAUUGUUCUCAAGUUGUAG